CCCCCCGUCACUCCCCAGGCUUAAUUUUGUUUUUUCUGUCUGCUGUCGAACCUCUUCGUUCUCCCAUAACCACUCUUGCCCCCUUCAUAUUCUUCCUUCGUUGCAACCAUGGCUGAAGAAGUCACUAAACCAGAACCACAGGCUACUGCUGCCUCGGCCACUCCUUCUGUCUCGAGCGCAGACGCUGACAAGGAGAAGCCUGUCGCCAAAAGCGCGACGAUCGAUCUCGAUCGUGUUGGUGAGACCGAGGGCUACGUCCUUGAUGAGGCGCAACUCAAGGCGAAGCUGGGCCUUGCUCCCGAUGUCGCCUUAAAGAAGUCGAAGAAAGGCGUUGUGUUGAUUCCUCAGCCUACUGAAGACCCUGAGGAUCCCUUGAACUGGCCCCGAUGGAAAAAGAGCCUUAUUCUCGUUGUCAUUGCUGUUAAUGCUUGUACCGCCGACUAUUCUGCUGCGACUGGCGCGAGUGCCCUGAUCCCACAAGCUGAGGAAUGGCACAUCUCUCCCAACACGGUCAACCAUGCUACCGCUGGUAACACUUUCAUGUUGGGCGUGGGCGGAUUGGCUACUGUUUGGCUCUCUGCCUACUUCGGCCGCCUCCCGGUGCUGUUCUGGUUCGGCUGUCUGUCAGCAGGUACAGCUGCUUGGUCUGCUGCUGCUCAGAGCUUCGAAUCUUACAUGGCAUCUCGCAUUUUAAACGGUCUCUUCUGUGUUGCCGCAGCGGGUGGCGGUCUCAUGUGGAUCAAGGAUGUCUGGUUCUGGCACCAGCACGCGAAGAAGAUCAAUAUCUGGUCUACUGCUAUCAUCCUUUCUCCUUUCCUGGGCCCACAGUUUAUGGCAGCCAUUGUCAGUGUCACUUCCUGGCGAACUGGGAUGUGGCUCGACUUUGGUAUCAUUGCUCUGGGUCUGGCCCUCACGUUCCUGUUUGGUGAUGAGACCUUCUACCCGCGGCACUUGAUGCCAGACCGAAUCCCGCAGCGCAAGUCACGACUGCUUCGAGUCGUGGGUGUGGAGCAGUACAGAACCAGGUACACAACAAACACAUUCUGGGAGGCUGGUAGUCGUUUGGCCUAUACGGCUUUGAAGAUGCCCGUCUUCUUGAUAUGCUUGUUCUAUUUCUUUGAUUUCCCGUGGACCAUUGGCAACAACACCACAAUCUCAGUCUUGAUCAUCCCAGCUUACAACUUCAGCUAUCGCAAUCUGGCAGCCAUUUAUACCGCCCCUGUUAUUGGAGCCAUCUUGGGAUUGACGAUUGGACACUUUAUAUUCGACUUGGUGGCUAAGCUCUGGGCGAAGCGCCACGGAGGCCGCAUCGAUCCUGAAAACAGGUUGAUUGUGCUCUGGCUGGUCUUGCCCUUCAAGCUCAUCGGCUACAACCUCAUUGGCGUCACUCUGCACCAUCCUCAGACUUAUUCCUACUAUGUUCUUGCUGUCGGCUGGGCAAUGCACAACUUUGCAACCAUUGUUACCACAGCAGCAGUGGGGGCUUACCUUCUUGAUGCCUACCCUGAAGCUGGCGGAGAGUGCGCAGCCUGGCUGAACUUUGCUCGAACUCUCGGUGGAUUCAUUGUUGGAUACAUUCAAAUCAAUUGGGCGACAAAGGCCGGUACUCAAACCGAAUAUGGGAUUGAGAGCGCGAUCAUGGGCGCUGCAUUCUUCAUCAUAAUCUUCUUGCAAUUCUUUGGCGCGAAGCUGAGACAUGCUCAAGGUCCAUUGAACUUCAAGACGAACUAGGGUUUGGACAACGCUUGGUAUGGUACAUAGUAGUCUCGGUUGGUAUCUUCGACUCGGUAUAGUCAAUAGUUUAGCAGUCCAACAAGCAAUAAUAGUAGAUGAUACUUCAUAA